AUGGAUCCAAGCAGCGCCAGAAGAACGCGAACAAUAUACACCAAAGUUAUUUUCAAGACACUUUUCAAUGAGCCAGUUAUUAAAAAUCAACAAGAGUGCAAGGAUAUUCUUCUGGAGGUAAGUAAAGUACAUCUACGCCGAGGGCGACUUUCCCCAUCUGCGUCAUCACUUCGUGAGCGGUUUGUCCGAGCCCGACAACAAAUUGGAUCGAACAAGAUUGUGAUAGUUGUCGGAGGUCAGGCACCAAAGACAAUUCAUAAUGUUGACGCCUAUGAUCCAACUACAAUGCAAUGGACUUUUUUGAGCCCUUUAUCGCAACGACGUUGCCGAUGUGGUGUUGCCCCAAUCGGUCGUCAUAUCUAUGCUGUUGGUGGUUCUAAUGGAGCUCUAAUGGACGCGUAUCUUCGUUUUUUGACGAUGAAGCGAAUCCCGGAAGUUCUACUCGAAAGGAAG